AUGCUUCAAGACCUGCAGGCAGUGUGCUUUAACCAAUGUGAGAACGUCGCCCGACACAAGCACGAGAUGUUGAUCAUGGGCGGCAAUGAAAAGGCUUUGGUGUACUGGCAAAACCACGGCAAUGUGCCUGACGGUAUGCUGAGGUACAUGUAUGAGAACAUGCUGGACCGCAGGGUGGCUGAAGCCACAUGCUUGAAGGUUGACUGGGCGAUGAAGACGCCAAUGACGGAGGUCUCGCAAGCACGAUGCGAGCAAUGCUUCAAUGGCAUGAUGAGGUGCUUGGUUCCGCAGCGGCCAGUCGCCUCGACUUCGUGGCGGUUUGAAAGUAUCGAUUGA